UCUAGUUCUUGAAGAAACCAUGACCAUGGACAAACUGAUUGUGUUAGCCGCCUGCAUUGCCGCAGCCAGCGCACUUGGAUCCUGGAAAAGUGGAUUGAGCGUGCGUUUUGGGGUUGGCCUCUUCGGAUGGGGUUCUUCCUACUUCAUUCAUGUCCCCCAGACUGUGGCUGAUGCCAAGAACUCCCGCUGGUUGGAAACCCCAAGACCCGAUGGCCCCCUGAGCAGUUUGAUUAUGAUGUGUCCUUCCCAGAACGAUGUGGUCCUCUGUGCCCUCUAUGAUGACAAUGGUGAUGUGGCUGGUCUCCAGAUUGCUCUGCCCACUGAUAGUUACACCGGCGCUGUCUUGGACUGGGCUACCCAAGGCUACACGUACUGGACUGCACCGGCAAACUCUAAUGGACAAGUUAGGAAUUACUGGACCUUGCAGCAAUACUUCGUUUCUGAAGCCACAUUGAAGAAGAGCAAGGAGGAGCGCCGCGCCUCCCGCGUGGCAGGCCGCGUACUGCAGGAGAAUGCUGUGUGGGUCACCGGCUUCAACGGAGACCUGAUGAGGAUCUCCGGCAACGCCAACGAGGUCACCGACACCGCCACCACCCAUUUCACCAAACAAGCUUGCAUUAUUCUCAUGGGUCGCCACUACUACUACAACAUGACAACCGCCACCCAGUGCAGGUCUGACACCCUCCUGCCGUGGUUCCCACUGCUGGACGUGGGCACUGAUCAGCUGAUCGGCAUGGGUUUCACGUCGUUUGGCCAGCUGCCCGCUAACGCCCUCGUCAAGGACUACUUCGAAAGGCCUAACGUGAGCAAUGUUAAGUUGAUAGUCCCCGACGGCCCCGAAUGCCUCUUCGAACUGGCGGACAGCCCUGGCCUGACCACCAUGCACAUCUACUACGUGGACUCACCCUGGCUCAUCAACUGCAUCAACAACUAAGCUGAAGAACUCUACCUCUACACAUGGAAUGUAAAUAGUUAAUAAAUUCUGCAGUCAA